GGCCUACUAUGCUACUGCAUUUUAAUGUUGGUCAUGAUGGUGGUACUUGCAGAGCUAAGUAUUUUAUUUCGGUCGUAAAAGUUUGAGAAACACUGUCAUACUGUUGAUACUUUUUUAAAAAUUGUAUUUCAUUUUAUUUUUUUGUACCGACACUGCUUCUGAUACAGUAUCAUUGAGUCCAGUUGUUUUGCUGGUUUGAAAGGCUCCACGACAUUGUGCAGUGGCGUUCCGGCUAAUCACAGCCAGAUGUGCUCAAAGUCCACCUCCUCUGCCACCCCCUCACCCGAUUGGCUGGCUACACCUUUUUUUGGGGGGGGGAAGCGAGACCUAAAUCACCGACUCUCCACUCCUGCUGUAAACGAGCAGCACUUCUCCUCUUUACGUUUCUCAAUCGUUUUUUUGUGUGCCCACAAUGGCGUCGGCGCAUGACAGAGCAGUCCUGCAAGCAAUCUUCAACCCCAACUCGCCUUUCGGAGAUGUCCCCGGCCUGGACCAGGAGCAGGAAUUAACGGACGACGACAGCCCCUUUGAUGAGGACUCGCUGAGGCUAGUGAAGGACUUGGAGACUCGUGCGGUCUCUGCAGCCGAGGUGGGAGAUUUGCAGGGGGCCCUUGAACUCUUCAGCGGGGCUGUACGGGUUUUGCCCCACCGGGCGUCGGCCUACAACAACCGGGCGCAGACACUGCGACUGCAAGGAAACACAGAAGGUGCUCUGGAGGACCUGGACCGAGCCAUCUCCCUGAGCGGGGGUCGGGGUCGGACCGCCUGCCAGGCGCUGGUGCAGCGGGGCCUCCUGCGCAGGCUGGCGGGCCGGGACGACGGGGCCCGGGCGGACUUCCGGGAGGCGGCGACGCUCGGUAGCGAGUUCGCCCGCCGGCAGGCGGUCCUGCUGAACCCGUACGCGGCGCUUUGCAACAAGAUGCUGUGCCAAGUCAUCGGCAAGCUGCGCAACCCCGACGUCUGCGAGCGCCCACUGUAGACGCGAUCCAUAAACCAGCUUUUAUUCAUCUUAAAGGAGACAUAUGGUCAAAAAUGGACUUUUUACUUGUUUGGAUACAAAUAGUGCCUGCCAACCCCUUAAGAGUGAAAUUAAACAACCAAGUACUA